UCUUAAUUUCUGUUUACUUCACUGAGACUGCUACUUAAAUCGUUCAUAAUAUAUUGAAAAUAAUUAAAUCAGUUCGUUACUACCCGCUUAUCAUGACUGGCAUUGUUGAGAUUCAAUUAUCUAGAUUUUGGAAGUUUAGCAUAUAAUUUAAUUUGAUAUAAAUAUAUUAUGAUUUAUUGAUACCUGAGUGAUAAAACAAUCGCGUUUCGAAUCGUGAUCAUGUCGCAAUUUAAGUACGCUUUAGCGAUUUUUUUUCUCGUUUCCGUUGGCAUUUGUGCAGGCUGUCCUCCUCGGAAAAGACAGACUAAGCCAUUUGAACUAUCUGUAGUUCAUUAUAAUGAUUUUCACGCAAGAUUCCAGCAGACCAACUCAAAUGGCGGCACCUGCAAAAACGAAACAGAAUGUAUUGGAGGAUUUUCAAGACUGUACAAACAAAUCACUACCCUUUUUGAAAAGAAGCCGAAGUCAAUUUUAUUGAAUGCUGGCGAUAAUUUCCAAGGAACCCUGUAUUACAGCAUUGGAAAAUGGAACAUAACGCAGGAAUUUAUGAACAAGCUCCCAAUAGAUGCAACAGUCUUGGGAAAUCACGAAUUUGACGAUGGCAUUAAAGGUGUUGUUCCUUUUAUAAAAGCUCUUAAAUCUCCAGUUGUAACUUCAAACAUUGAUGAUAGUCUGGAACCAAGUAUUCAAGGGUUAUACAAGAAAAGUACGGUCAUUGAACGAGAUGGAAAAAAAAUUGGUAUUAUCGGAGUUAUUACAUCUGAGUGUGCUCAAAUUGCAAAUACUGGCAAACUGAGUUUCUUCCAAGAAUCCGUCAGUGUUAACGCCGAAGCUGAACGCCUGGUCAGAGAAGAGGGAGUUUACACAAUAAUAGUUCUGUCUCAUUCUGGAUACGAUGUUGAUAAGAUAAUUGCCCAGAAUGCUUCCGAAAGGAUCAGCCUCAUUGUGGGAGGUCACUCGCAUACCUUCUUGUACACAGGAGAUAAUCCUCCAGGACCUGACCCAGUAGAAGGUCCUUAUCCAACAAUUGUUCAAAGUAAAAACGGACAUAGAGUUCUUGUAGCUCAAGCUGCUGAACAUAGCAAAUAUGUAGGAAAUUUAAAUGUAUUUUUGGGCGAAAAAGGUGAAGUAGUUGGUUUUGCUGGAGCACCUAUAUUUUUGGAUACAUCAUUUCCACAAGACGAAUCCAUAAAUGCAGCGCUUCAACCAUGGAAAGAAAUAAUAGAUCGAGAAGGAGCGAGAGUAUUGGGUUCUACUUUAGUUAAACUAGAUAGAACCAAUUGCUUCACUCAAGAGUGUACGUUAGGUAACUUUGUUACUGAUGCUUUCGUAUACCAAUAUACAAAGACAGCGCCUGAAGGAUCUUGGACAGAAGCAGCUAUUGCCUUGAUGAAUGCAGGAGGUCUACGUACAAAUAUUGAAGUAGGAAAUAUAACUUUCAUGGACAUGGUUACCGCACAACCGUUUGGUAAUACCGUCGAUUUUGGACAAAUUAAAGGAAAGUACCUCAAGGAAUUGAUGGAAGCCGCCACGAAAGAAUACUAUUAUAGACGUCUUUACAGCAGUUUAAAUAUGCUGCAAGUCUCAGGUCUCCAAAUAGUGUAUGACUUCUCAAAACCAAAUGGUCAGAAGGUAGUUUCAAUGAAAGCUCGUUGUGCAGACUGUCUAGUUCCUGUUUACGAAGAUCUAGUACCAGAAAAAUUAUACAGUGUUGCCAUUCCCGGAUUCUUAACAAAUGGAGGCGAUGGAUUCACUGUGCUCUCAGAUAAUUUAAUCAAUAAAAGAGUGGGAUUUGUUGAUAUGGACAUUUUUAUAGACUAUUUGGCAAACAACUCUCCAAUUUCUGAAGAAAUAGAAGGAAGAAUCACGAUUCUAAAUUAAAAGAUAAAUAAGUAUUAUGUAGAUAUUUUUUUAUUAAUAAAUAAAUAUUGA